AUGUCCACCACGACCGUGGCAACAACAACACCUGCUACAACAACAACAACUGCUGCAACAACUACACCUGCUCCAACAACGAGAACUGCAGUAACAACAACACCUGCUCCAACAACAACGACUGCUGCAACAACGACACCUGCUCAGACAACGACAACGACAGCAACAACAACACCUGCUCCAACAACCACGACUGCGGCAACAACAACACCUGGUCCAACAACAACAGCAGCAACAACAUCUACACCUGCUCCAACAACAACAACUGCAGCAACAACUACACCUUCUCCGACAACAACGACAGCAGCUACAACUACACCUGCUUCAGCAACAACAACUUCAUCAACAACAACACCUGCUCCGACAACAACGACAGCAGCAACAACUACACCUGCUCCAACAACAACGACUGCUGCAUCAACGACACCUGCUCCAACAACGACAACUACAGCAACAACAACACCUGUUCCAAAGACCACGACCGUGGCAACAACAACACCUGCUACAACAACAACGACUGCUGCAACAACUACACCUGCUCCAACAACGAGAACUGCAGUAACAACAACACCUGCUCCAACAACAACGACUGCUGCAACAACGACACCUGCUCAGACAACGACAACGACAGCAACAACAACACCUGCUCCAACAACCACGACUGCGGCAACAACAACACCUGGUCCAACAACAACAGCAGCAACAACAUCUACACCUGGUCCAACAACAACAACUGCAUCAACAACUACACCUUCUCCGACAACAUCGACAGCAGCUACAACUACACCUGCUUCAACAACAACAACUUCAUCAACAACAACACCUGCUCCGACAACAACGACAGCAGCAACAACUACACCUGCUCCAACAACCACAACUACAGCAACAACAACACCUGCUCCAACAACAACGACCAACAACAACACUUGCUCCAACAACCACUAG